GGGCUAUACAGACCUAACAUGAAUAUACGGGUCUUAGUGUUCGUUCAGACUGUAGUUCGCUUCGUUCAUCUCCAAAUUACUUCUUUUACUUGUCUUCUUAUCUACUAGCGGUUUCUCACAUUCCCGGAUAGUAUGCUUCACCACUACAACCUUUAUCAUCCAUCUGGUCUUCUAAGAUAAAAUUUGCGAGUACUGUUCCUUAUAAAUACUCCUAGUUAUGAUAGAUAAUGUAGUUGCCAUGUUUAACUCCUUGUUUUAGAUGUUCUUUCUCGUGACUGCCGCGUCCUACCCAACCAGGAUUUAUUGUUACACCAUCCGGUUACCAACUUCCUUCAAGUUGAUAAUCUUGAAGGCAGUAUGGUUCUAUUGUCCCACAAUAUGACUCCCUAUCCACGCAACUUCUCUUGUGAACUAGUUGUGCAUACACCCGUUGAAAAUGCCAGAAUUAUGAUGAAAAUUGAAGAGUUUUAUAUACCAUCUAAGACUCCGAAUUGUGUCGAAAAUUAUUUAUAUGUAUUCGAUUCUAACACAGCAAAGUCCAAGGCCAUGGUAAGUCUGAUAUAACACUUCCUGUUACUGUGAAAAUUUGCAAAUGACUAGUGUAGGAUGUUUUAUCUUGUACCGUGUUUAGAUUUGUAUUGAUUGUAUCAUCGACCGCCUAAUGUUCUGCAUAUGUAUUGCAUAAGUAUUUGAUUGUUUUGUUGCAUAUAGACAGAAGCUGGUGGAGAACGUGGUUUAUGUGGACCGGACUAUCCAAAGAACCUUAUAUUUACGUCGAGGUCCUAUAUAUGUAUAGCUUUCCAUACUUCAUCUCAACGACCUCUCAUUUUACCUGGUAUGAAACCAGGAUUUCGAGUUAUUCUCACUGCAAUUCAAGAAACUCGAAAUAACAGCUGCCCAUCAGACAACUUUUACUGUGGUCCAGUUCCCCUUUUUAUGGGGUCACAUUCUAUGAUGACAUCGAAUUCACUUAGUGCAGAUAGUCGGUUAUAUGGCUCGUUCUUAUCUCUUCCUCAAAAUAUCCGUCAUUUAGAUGAAAGAUUUUCAACUUAUGACGAUAAACAAUACUUGGGAUAUUGUAUUACAAAGAAGAGUUUAUGCGAUGGUAUUGUGAAUUGUGAAGAUAGGAAAGAUGAAGAAAUCUCUCGUUGUCAGGCUUUUAUCGAAAUGAAGGAUUCAAAGAGUCCACUACUUACUGUUAGCGAUGCAAGUGAUAUCAAUAACUGGUUGUCUGGUUUCCUGUCACUUGGUGUGCCAGCGUCUAUUGCCAUAGCUGUCAGUACAAUUGUUAUUUUCACAUUGGGUAUCGGAGUUGUGAUAUGUUGCUGUCAUCGUUGUUGUCGAAUGAAUCAAACAUACAAUAAUCAGUAUUCAGAUCAUAGACUUGCCUUUAGAAAUGAUGGAAUUUUCUAUGAUACUUUUAAUCGUCCCAUCUCUACAACAAAUAAUAAUUUUGAUUAUUCUAGAUCUCAGCAUUUGGAUAUAAUAUCUGUCAAUGCUGGUGUACAGUCUCAGUUAUCAGACCGUAUAAAUUUGAUAUCUCAUGCAGACGGUGACCAACAAAAUAUUGCCAGAAAUUGGCCUCAAACUGUUUCUUUUUCUUCAGACAUUUUGAUAUCCGGGAGGGAAAGUUGUUCACAACAACGUAACCAUAAUAUGCCUGUUCAACGUUACCAAACGCUCAAUCAAUAUCUCACAUCACCUCAGAAUAUGACUCAAGAAAAAGAAGCUCAAUCAUACUGCUUUAUUCAAACUCCUUUGAAGCUACCACUGAUAGACAGGCAUUAUCCUUUAUUGAAUCUUUCUAUUGAAACAAUAGGACCCCAGUAUUUUGUUUCUGUUAGUCGACAUGGUAGUGACUCUUACUCAUCAGUUAAUACGAAUUCGGCGAGAGUAUACGAUCAUUUUCAAAAUGGCCCACCAGGACCUCCGCCUGCUCUAAUUCACGGAGCUCUAGACAGUCCAUGCAUUUACAGAAGAGACCAAUUGUGUUGUUAUACACCACCACCCUAUGGAGCAUGUAAUGUCCCACCUGGCAGUAGUGUGACGGCAAGUAGCAGUAGAACUGGCACAACAAGUGGUGGUCCACGAGAAUCGUUAAAUUCAGGACGUGAUCAUUCAGCUCCUGCAAUGGGACAAAUCACUUCGGGGAAUGGGAGUUGCAUUGAAAUAAGUAAUCAACAGAUAGAUGGAGAAGAAUCAGCAUUACAUACUAAUACACCUAUAGAAACUAUAUCACAUGGCGGUGAUCUUAGUCUGAAUGGUGGUAUUGUUUAUUUGGGUAACAUGUACAGACCGCUAUCUCCACAAAAUUCCAGUUUAUUUCAAGGAGAGAAUUGUGGUCAUGGUUCAGUUACUAGUAGUGGUAGUUCAUAUGAUAGAAAAUCUCAUCAGUACUUUCGUAGAGAAAUAAAGUCUCAUCAUGAUAAUGCUCAUACCUAUCUGAGAAGAAAUCCUCACCAACAUUCUACUUACGAUUCGUUUAAGAACAGCUCUAGACGCCUAAGAACAUCCCAUCAUCAACAUCACCAUCAUUUAAAGCAUCGUAGAUCAGCUGAUCCUAAUCAUACUAUUUCAAGCGGUUCACAUACAUCAGUUAGUUCACGUUCCGGUGUCUUAUCUAAUCCACUUCAAUCAGCUUGUGAUGUUCACGAACAAUCUUUGGGUCAAUGUCCAAUAUCUACUGUAACAUCCAGUUCUAAUACUACUGGAACAUCGAACCACCAGCCUAUCGUAUUCCCUGUACAGCUGUAAACACGUGUACGUACUAAGUUACUGAUGCUUCAGGAUAUUUAUUUCGAAUUGUUUUCGUUAAAGGACUAGAUACUCUUUGCGGUCAUAAUGUAAACACAAACAAAUAAUGUAUCAGUAGUUCUACUUCUCUUUAUUCUUAAUUAUUUGGUCAAUUGUAAAGCUAUUUCUUAUUUUGUUUCUUUAUUUUUAAAUACAAUAUUUGCAUUUUUUUUUUACUUAUCUCUGUAUAGUUGUGAUUUUGUUGCAUUUCAUAUUUCAUCUGUUUAUUUUUCGUUGCUGUAUACUGAUUUAGUGUUGUGAAUUGGUAUUAGUAUAUCUCAGUUAGUUGCUUAAAUACACAGGGUUAGUUUGAGUCAUAAAGAAGUUAUCUUAUAUGUAUGAGAUCUCAGUUUUAAUUUGUUUACAACUUCAACUAUGAACAGGGUUUUUUCUAUAUCGUUUCAUUAUUUUACAUGACUAACUAUCUGUACUACAUCAACCCUCAUUCCCUACUUCUUUUUCCUCUUGCUCAUCACAAAAUGUAAAUAAUUUCUUGCCUGUUUAUCUUUUCUUCCUUUUGUCUUCAAAAAACUAAUUGUGUACAUGUUUUCAUUGUUUCUGAAGUUGUUCUUCCUCUAUAAAUACAUCCUUAUCCUAUUCAUCUUAACAUUCGGCUUCUAACCAGUGAAUCAUCAACACAAAAACCCACUCUUCUCAGAACACUCUGUUAGUUAUUCCUUCCCUCUCUCACAUUCAACAGGUUUCUUUUUAUUUCCUGUCAUUAUUAAUUUAUUUUAUAGUUGUGUAAUCUCAUCAGUCUUUCACAGAGAAAUUUCAUCAGUGUUCUACAUUUUCAUGUCUGAUUUCAACAAAACUUGACUUAUAUGGAAGCAUUUUCUAUAAUCUAUGGAAAUCGUCUAUUUUAAACGUUGCAUUAUAUUAACAAUUGUAAUUAUACAUAUUCUAAUCACACACAGGCACUAGUCUGCUCAACUAAUUCAUUUUUU